UGUUGCUGUAUGAAGAAGAAUAAUAAGUCAACCGCUGAUCAGUGAAGUCAACAUACCGGUAUUUCUUUGCCCAAGGAUCUCUUUAGCUUUACUGGAAAUAAUCUUUGUAGUAACAGAGAAAUGGCAUCAUCUGAAGAAGUUGUUGACGUGGAAGUUGCGAGGAGAAAAAUGAAAGAAUGGCGGGAAGAGGGCUAUAGAAACAGCGACGAAGUUGUUGAGUUCGGAGAGUGUUUGUUGCUUGAACAUGGCAAUAAACUCGGCGAUGAACUAUGGACCAUCCAUGAGCAGGUUUUUGUUGCUGCACUGGACAGUGGCAGACUAGACUUAGCAACAAGCUGCUUGAGAGCACUGAAUAAACAAUUUCCAAGGAGUCUUAGGGUAAAGAAGUUGAGAGGCAUGAGACUAGAGGCGCUGGAGGACUGGGAAAAUGCGAAAAAGAUAUACGAAAACAUAUUAGCAGAAGAUCCUGCAAACCUUAUUGUGAGAAAACGUUGCAUAGCAGUCACUAAAGCACAGAAUAAUCCCUAUGAAACAGUAAAAGAGCUGACAGAAUAUCUUGAUGUUUUCAUGAGUGACCAAGAAGCAUGGAUGGAGCUUGCUGAUCUCUAUAUUAGCCUGCAAGAGUAUCACAAGGCAGCGUUCUGCCUUGAAGAAUUGAUUUUGACGCAUCCACACAACCAUCUCUAUCAUCAACGCUAUGCAGAAAUUCACUAUACAAUUGGCACCAGCGACAGUAUAGAGCUGAGUAGAAAGUAUUUUGCUCAAGCCUAUAAACUAGAUCCCAACAACAUCAGAGCAUUGUAUGGCUUAUUCUUAUGCUUUUCUAGCCAGAAUUCAAACAUGAAAAGCAAUCCUAAAUCAAAGAAAAAUAAUACAAGAUAUUCUCAUUGGGCUGCCCAAGAAAUAAUUGAGAAGUAUAGCACUGAGCGUCAUGGUAAAUCUGCAGAACAGAUGUCUGCAUUGGAGCACAUGUUUGAUUCAAUGCAGCUUUCUUUGCCAACAAACAUUCCAGAGUAGCAACCAAAAUGAAUUAUGCUGAAUGAAUUUGGCAAUGAAGUUUCAUGAUUAAAAUGCCUAUAUUUUAUUCGGGUAUUCUUGUAUAGAAAUCCACACAUGAUCUUCUGAAAUAUGUAUGUUUACAUUUAUUUCAACCAAUUAAUGUUUAAUUCCAA